AGUUUAUUUUAAUUUUUAUAGUUUUUUGAAUCAUUAGUGUCUGUUUUGCUUUUCUUCUUCGGGCUUGUUCGGGUCUAUUCGGGGGUUUUCGGGCAAAUACUUGAUUUUUUUUUAAAACGUCGAACUCGCCCGAAAAUGCCCGCACUUUUUACGGAGUAUGCGGCUUAUCGGCACCCUCGUUAUAUAUAUACAUUAGAGAAAGCCUACUGCAACACCAGGCUUUGUGAUGAUUGUGUCAUUAUUGACCACUUUGUCACUUGCUGAGUCUUAAAAUUUAAUUACCGCUAAAUUAUAAAAUAAACCCUUCCCACCAAAAAAUGGCUUUAUGGCUGAAUGUGAUCUUCAAUUAAUCAUUUUUUAUUCCUAAAAUGUUUAACCAGCCACAUCAAACUGUGGAGCCUUAAAGACAGGGUUGCCUUCCAUACUAAUUUUUCCAUGCACAAUGUUGUUUAAACGUUUGAAGAGGCAUGUUAUUGUGUUGAUAUUAUGACUGGCAAGAUGUGUUAUAAGGAAAAGAGUACAUUUUUCAUUUUUGUGCUCCAUUUUGCUGCCGUUUUUAUAAUAAUGAAUACAUUAAAUAUGUAAACAGAAAACAUGGCGGUCCUUCUGCAAGUGUGGCAAAGAAAAAAUGUGGCAAAAGGAGUAUGGAAGGCACCCCUACGUAAACUAACCAAUAUUAAUAAGCUAAAAGUUGUUAUAAAAAUAUUUUUAAUGAUGUAUGUAAUGUCAUUUUCUUUCAUUUUUUGUUGUGUUCAUAUGUAACAUUUUACCAUUUCCACAGACCUUUUUCAAAAUGGUAUAUGCAGUUUAAACCUGUUAUGUUUGGCAUAUAGUAUAGAUUGUGUUUUUGGGUUACAAUUCCAAAAUCACAGCUUUUUACAGCCAACUUUAUUUGAGGAACUUAACAUUUUUUUCUUUGAUAUGUUUUAAAUUCAAAAACUCAUCAUUAUUCUUUUAAAUUGGUGAAAUCUAGCUACUUGUAAAUUUGGUUUAUAUAAAUAAGUUACUGAGAUUUCAACCUUGACCUUCAGCUUUACCUCCUGUUGUAGAUAUGAGUGUGGAACUCCAGGUCACAAAACAAAUAAGAUAAAUGUGUAAUACAUUCAAAUUAAAACUGUUAGAUAAUUUAGCACAAAGUCCACUUGCUUACAAUCUUGAUAAUACUUAACGUACUAAAAACUGCAACAUUUUGCUAAAAAAAUAGUGGCAAAAGGAAAAUACUUAAAAAAAUUUUUUUAAUCUCAUUUUUAUUGAGAAAUGCUGUAAAAUGUAUUUUUUCACAUAUAUUUAUUUAUAUAUGUAUUUGGUAGCCGUACAGUUUCUGUGUGCAUUGCUAAUCUUAUUUCUAUCUCUUCUGAGACUUCUCAGAGCUACAGAAUAAAAACGUGUUUUAGAAUGUAGAAUGCUUUUUUAGCAAACAUGUUAGAUCUUGAGCACGAGGAAUUUUUUUUUUAAUUAUAUAAAAAAAUUCAGAAACUAUGUUGACUUUCUGUCAGAUCCCAUUGUAAUUAUAUUAGAAGCAACGUGAUUAUCUGGGUGGUGUAUAUAUGUUGUCAUAUUUUUUUUAAAAAUAUAUUAUGGUAUAUACACUUCCUAUUUGUCACAGUUUUCUUUAAAAUAUAUAAGUUUAAUUCUUAUAUAUAUUCUUUUAUUAGAGAUUGUUUUUUUGUUUAAUGUUUUUCUUGUUCGUGUAUCUCUCAGUAUUGGGAGUGAUAACAUUUAUUUGUACAAUUUAUGUUUAUUGAAUUUUUAUUGUUUUUUUUUUUGUUUUUUGUCUGUGUUUGCGUGUGUGUGUGUUUUUUAAAUAUGUUAAAUGUUAUGUGUGAUCAUGACUGGUUGCCACUCAGCAUUGGUUUUGGUUGGCUCUACUUUAUUGCUCUGCUACUUCACUUAUACUCGACCACCUGAUGUCGUAUGACAGCUUCAUUUAUCCCAACUCCCCUGGAUGUUGUGGGGCAGAAAGAUGCAUAGCAAGAACAUGAUACUCAACUUCUUACAAGAAAGUUUUUAUAGACUAAUCAUUGUCUAAUUCUUUCCAAAUUAGAUAGCCAGAGAGAAUUGAUUGAAAGUUGAAGACUGAGGAAAUUACAGACACAGAAACACACAAUCAUUUAACAAAAUCUUUUCCUUUAUUUCUCUCUGCCUGUGAUAAAAUAAAAUUGCAUCUUAUUGAGUAAUAGAGAUAAUAGCUUGUUUCAUUAACAAUGGCUUUACUUGGUGAUGACUGCUACUUCUUCUUCAAUGCUGGAUGUUCCAAGGGAAACCAGUGUGUAUAUCGUCAUCAGCCAGCUGCAAAAAAUACAGAAAUGGCAUGUCCUGAUUGGUUAAAAGGAAACUGUGUUAACAAAACUUGUUCGUUACGUCAUAUGGUGUUCGACAAUCACAGCAAUGUCCAAUGCCAUUGGGACAUGACACCUAAUGGUUGUUUAAAUACACAUUGUUCUUUUGCCCACAUAAACAAAACCAAUCAUGGAAAACUAACUGCAGCUAUUGCUCCAUCGUUAGAUCCUGUUAUCGUCCCUUCAAGUGAAAAAACAGUUUUAGCCAAUGUAAAUGCAGCACACAAUGAAAUUGUUGUGUCUGCUUCAUCUGCUCUUCCACAGCCACUAAAUAAUAUUAGUCAUACAUCACUAACGUCCAAUAAUAUUAUACAGCAACAGCAAUUCCGUCCUGUUAUUCUUGGUGCACCCCAGCAUAUUCGGGUUCCACAUAUGGUUGUAGGACCAAGAGCUCAAAUAAGACAUGUUUUGGGUGUUUCCAAUCCUCAGGUUGUCAUGCCAGCUCAAUUAACUGUUGCUCAUCAGACCCACCAUGCGUCAAUACUUGGUCCACCACCGAGUUUUCCAAAAAAUGAGCAUUUCUCAGAGCAAGUAAGACUGUUUAAGAAAAUGUUGGCUAAGAAAAAUAUUAAUGGAAACGAUGGUCAAAAAAAUCAAUAUCAUUCUGACGAUGAUGAUGGCUACACGAGAAAACAUAAGCACAAAGACAGGCAGAGAAAUAAAAAGGAAAAGCGAAGCAAAUCAAAAAGCCGUAAAAAAUCGAAAGAUGGAUUCAGCAAAGGGGAUGAAGAAAUCCUCUAUGGAGAUUACAAGGAUGUGCUUAUUGACAAGAGGUCUAAGAAGUCUGACCGCUACCCUUCUAGCGAUUCCGACGUCACUGUGAAGAGUUAUGAUGAAAUCUUACGCGAGAAAGCUUUAAGAGAACUGAUGAUUAAAAGAAAGGAGAAAUUUAACGAAGAAUUCGAAGAUAUAUUACAUGAAAAAGUAUCCAGUAAAACAAAAAGGACUAGAAAACAGAGUAAAAGUGAUGACGAGAGUUCCAAUAGUAGACAAAAAGAAGGUUCAAAAAAGAAAAAAAUUGAUAAAACCGACAAAGUAAUUCCUGAAAAUGAAGUUUUCAGUAAAGAAGAUGCUUUGGAGCUUGGACUUGAUGCAUCUCCUAUCAGAGAAAACCUUCCUUCGUUGUCAAACGAAAAUGAUCUUGAAAAAAUUCCUAGAAAAAGCUCUACAAAGAAGAAAAACACGGAUGAAAAAACAAAAGAAACUUUAAAAAACAGAAUUGAUGAAAAAGUCGUCGAAGAGAAAGUAGAGGAUGCUAAUGCUGUCCUCGUUUUUCCCGAUGAAACCGUAGAUAUUAAUUUUUCGGUUGAUGAUGACGACGAUUUAGCAUUAGAAUUAAAUCAAGCUGAAAAGGAUACAAAGAAAAUGCCUUCUAAAUCGAAAAAAACAGUUUCAAGUAUUGUGAACGUUUCCAAGAGUAGUCAAAGAGCUCCGUCACCUCCUAGCCGAAGCAGGAGUAACCAGAAAGCGCCUCCUUCUCUUGACCAGAGCAGGAAUAGAAAGAAGUCACCGGAAAGAAAAAAUCUUGAUGAAAUAUCGACUGCGUCCAAGCGUAAAGUAAUAAAAUUAAAAGGCUUGGUGGAGACAAAUGACGAAAAGCCUAGCAAAGAUAAAGUUCCUUCUCAACCAAUUGUGAUCUCUUCACCACCCAAAAGCAAAGAUGUUAAGAUCAAAACGUUUGAGGAAAUCAUGGCUGAAAAGAGGAGGAGAAAGUUUGGAAAUAAAAACGAGGUAGUGGUAGUUUCAGACGACAGUGAGAAUACUAAACCUGCAUUUCAGGCUGCAAAUGUGAAGACGAAUGUAAAGAACGAUAAGGUGGAAAGCAAAAAACUUAGUCUUACAACCAAGCGCGUAAAACUGAGACGAGCAAGUACUGAGGAGGAGAAAGUAGCAAAACGAAAAUCAGUAAAGUUGUACCAGCCUCCAUCUAAAUCAGAUGGCACUGACGAGAAAUCGAUAACUUCUGAACCAACUGUGGCAGAGCCGGCGGCACCGGGCGGACGAAGGAAAAUAAUACGACUUCGAAAGCCCUCGGUUGAAUCUCUCGAUAACAAAACAACCGCUCCAACUACGUCACAAGUUUUAUCUUUCCAAGAUAUAAUACGCGCCAAACGGUUGCGUGAAAAACAACAAAACGAAGAGAAGGGCAAGCAACCUGAGUCAGUUCCCGAGAAAAAGACAUUUAUCAAACGCAAACAAGAACUGAAACGUCUCCCUGCAACGAAAACUCUAAAUCUCAAAACUUCAAAAGAUACAACGAGGGAGUUACCAUUAGUCGAAAAAAGCGUCGAAGGUGACUCCCUUACUUGCUCCCCGCAUAAAAUUGCAACUGAGAAACAAGUUUCAGCCCCGAGUGCUCAUUCUGAUGUUUCUCCGUUACACGAAGUUCCAGAGAAAAAACGACGUUCUAUAUCUUUUAACGAGGACCAGCUUUUGAGAGGUUCAGAACCUUCCACACCAGUAGACAGCAGCGAGGUUUUUACUAAGUUGUCGUCUCCAGUAAGCGUUGUGCCGAGACUAAGUAUGUCACCUCAAGCAAAACCUCAAGAUGAAACUACCACGACUAAUGUGGUUUCAACGUCUGCUGUUUCUCAUCAAACGGCUUCUAAGAGUCAACCUGUGCUAACUGAAACAGAGAAUACAAAUGAAAAUUACAAUCUAGAAACUGCGCAAUCCACACCUUCUCCUUCAUCUAUAGAAGAUAUUAAAGAAGCCUUGGAUGAGGAGAAGCGUAAACGGGAAAAAGACCUUCUUUCCGACGACGAAUUCGAGAAAGAAAUUAACGAUCUUUGUUCCGAUGACGACGAAGAUUAUGGAGAUAUCGACGAGGACGACCUCAUGAUGGAGUUAGAACAAAUGAUCGACAGUUGAUUUAUUCUAUAUUAGAACUUUUGUAAUUAUUCAAAUUUAAUUCUUUUACUUCUUGUAUGGUAAAACAAUAUAGUUACUUUUUAUUUCUAUGUGUACAAUAUUAUUAUGAGCCUCAAGUGUGCUUCUUGUUUUCAGCAAGUCGUCGUUAUUUAUAAACUUGAUUUUUUUUAUAUCCCGAGUAAAAAAGCGUGAAUGUGACUACUCUAUCUCAUAGCUUGUUUCACAACCGCAAUAUUAUAGUUCGGUUAUUAAUUUUGUACAUUUGUGACUAAAAUACGAAAAAGCAAACUUUAAA